AUGGUUGAAAGAUUGGUGGAGAAUCAUAAUAUUUGUGAUAACCAACAAGUGUUGAUCGAUGAAUGUGGUAGGAUGAAUAUGAAUAUUCUAAAUGAAGAGCAUGAAGGUCAAGAUAUUCUUCCUCCUGAUGUUUGGAAUAGCUUGUCCAUUAUUGGUGAAGUUGCUCAUAGGUUCAAGUACUUUUUUGUGGCAUAUGGAGCUUGGAUUCUUGGUUUCGCACAAAUGAGAAAAGUCAUAGUUGUUGAUGGGAUAAGUAAAUACGAUGGUGUGUUGUUGUCUUCUGUUGUACAGGAUGCGGAGAAUCAUAUUUUUCCGGUGGCAUUUUGCGUAGUAGACUCUGAAUGUGAUGCUUCCUAUCGAUAUUUUUUCGAGCGAUUGAAAAGUUUUAUAUUUGAUACCCCUGAAUUGUGCAUUAUCUCUGAUAGACAUCAAGAUAAGAGAUUUGGUCCUGUUGCCUCCACACAUGUUGAACGCAUAAGAUUUCACCGAUGGAGCAGGUCAUUCUUUCCCGGAAAUAGGCACAAUAUUAUGACGACAAAUAUUGCUGAGUCAGUUAACUCAAUAUUUCUUGAUGAAAGAGAAUAUCCCAUUACUGCUCUAUUUGAAGCAAUAAACAGGCGAUUUGCAGAAAAAUAUCAUGAGAAGCGUAUGAAAUUCAUAAAUGCACUGACCAUCUUCUUUCCUUCGAUAGAAAAAGACAUUGGAAAAAAUAUUAAUCUGGGGAAUAAACUAUUGAUCCAUCAAAUUACCAACUACAAGUAUAUUGUCACCGGCCAUAAUGAAGUUGCAACAGUUGAUUUGCUAGACAAAUCUUGUACUUGUAAAGUUUUUGACAUUUACAAAGUACCUUGUCCACAUGCUAUGACAAUGAUUCGAUGGAAAUAUGGUGAUGACUAUGGGAGACGCAUUUAUGAAUACUCUCCUUUGUAA